CCAUCACCUUGAAUCGCACAGCAAAGGCUGCAGCGGUUUCUCAGUCCGGAAGCAGGAGGAGCUAGCUCCGACAGGGCAGCCCGGGGCCGAUGGCCGCUCGCCCGCUGCGCGCCCUGCGAGGCGGCGGCAGAGGCGGAGGCGGCGUUUCCCGGUGCUUUCCCCGCAGCGCCGCGGCCAGUCCUAGCGACACCCACGGCCGUGGCCUUCUGGACGCGCAGCCGCUACGCGCGGGAGGGGCGACGCCCGACCCCGCCCGGCCGGCAGCAGCCGAGGAAGGCAGCGGCGGCCCCGUAACGGGGCUCAGUUUCGCCGCCGUCUCAGCAGGGGGCAGCAGGUUUCCUCUCACCCAGCUCAUUCUCUGCCUCGCGAAAAGUUGCUUGGAACGGAGGAUGAAGGUUCCUCGGGCGAUGAGAAGGGACAGCAAGCCGUUGUUAGAAGUCAUUUGAAUUAACUGUUGAAGUGUUGUUCUGGUGGCUGACCGCAGCCCGAGAUCUCGCCAAAGUCGUUCCAGUUUCAACUGGGAGUAACCCCGAUGGAGACAAUGAGGAGCUGGGAACAGCAACAGGUCGCCAACUGAUUUCUGCUGGUAGCGUUAGAAAGAAUCUUUUAAACAGGAUUCAUUUUUCUCUAUGUCUUUAUGCAAGAAACGUGCUUCAGGACUUGUGGUGCAGGUUUUGAAGGUCACUGACGCACUUCUGCAUGCCAGUCUCUGCCCCGUUCACUUGGUGUCAUGUACAUCAACAGGUUAAAAUGGAUUUUCUUGUUCCUCCUCGUGUUUUCUGUGGUGACAAUGUGGUAUGUGAGUUUUCCCUCCAACACCGCUCUUGAGCGCACUAACGUGAUGUAUUUUUACGAGUAUGAGCCCGUGUACAAGCAACGGCACCUCUUCACGCUGCGGGAGCGCCCCACAUGCCACGACAUAAACCCCUUUCUGGUCAUCUUGGUGACCUCGAGACCCAGGGACGUGCAGUCCAGGCAAGCCAUCAGGAUAACGUGGGCAGCUCAGGACUUCUGGUGGGGGCAUCGGAUUCUAACCCUCUUCCUACUCGGUCGAGACACCCAGAGGGAAGAUGACGCCACAGCGCUGUCGGUAGAAGAUGAAAGCAUCCUCUAUGGAGACAUAAUCCGCCAGGAUUUUGUGGACACUUACGACAACCUCACCCUGAAGACCAUCAUGGCCUUCCAGUGGGUCACUGAGUUCUGCUCAAACGCCAGGUUCCUCAUGAAGACCGACGCCGAUGUCUUCAUCAACACCGCCAACUUGGUCAAGUUUCUUCUGAAGCUGAAUUCCUCAGAAGACGUUUUCACGGGUUACCCUCUGAUAGGGAACUUUGCCUACAGGGGCUUUUACAGGAAAACCUACAUCUCUUACACCGAGUAUCCCUACAAGCUGUAUCCCCCGUACUGCAGCGGCAUGGGGUACGUGUUGGACGUAAAACUGGCUCUGAGGAUUUACAAACUGAUGAGUCACAUCAAACCUAUUAAAUUUGAGGAUGUUUAUGUUGGAAUUUGCUUAAACAUCCUUAAAGUGAACAUCAGUAUUCCAGAAGACAAAGAACAGUUCUUCCUUUAUAAGAUCAGUUUUGAUGUCUGUAGGUAUCGGCGUUUGAUUGCCGUGCAUGGCGUUAGAGCGAGUGAGAUCAUCAGGUUUUGGCAGGAUUUGUCAUCAAACGCUUCAGUCACUUGCCUUUGAUUCUGUGUUUACACAGAAGGUUCAACCUAUUGGGUGUGAAAAUGUUGAAAGGCCGGGGCAGGGCAAGACACAAGCAGAGCUGUGGAGGUGGCUGGGCUGAAGGAGGGCUGUGCUGCACUGGCAGCAUUUCCUGGGACACUGGGAUAUCCUUAUAUAAGAACAUGAGGAGUCUGCAGUGUCCUUUUCCAGGUGUGUAUCCUGAGCACAUGGGAUGCUCUGCAAUGCACUGUCCCAUCUGCCUCUCGCACCCCUGCACAGAGGCUGCGGUAACCAUGGGAUUACUGCCUGAACCUUCUGCAAUGUAGGAAGCACCCCUGAGGAAUAAAAUUGACACCAGGAAACUGGCUCUGAAGAUGCUCACAAAUUCCUACUUGGGUAUUUUAAAUUGCUUUUGCAGCUGCAAUGUCCACAGACUGGCAGGGGGCUGGGUGUAGCAGAGUCAUAGAAUCAUGGGGCUUGGAAGGGACCUUCAGAGAUCAUCUAGUCCAACCUCUCUGCAGAAGCAGGUCCCACCUAGAUCAGGUCACACAGGAAUGUGUUCAGGUGGGUUUGGAAACCUCCGAAGAAGGAGCCUCCACACCCUCCCUGGGUAGCCUGGGCCAGGGCUCCCUCACCUCACAGUGAAAGAGUUGGUCUUUAGGUUUAAAUGGAACUUUUUGUGUUCCAGCUUCUUCCCAUCACCCCUUGUCCUGUCACUGGAUAAAACAGAAAAAAAGUGCUGCCCCAACCAUUUAGGUAUUUGUAACUAUUAAUGAGAUUCCCCCCUCAGUCUCCUCCAGACUGAACAGCGCCAGUUCCCACAGCCUUUCCUCAUGAGGAAGAUGUUCCAGUCCCCUGAUCAUCCUGGUGGCCCUGCACUGGCCUCUCUCCAGCAGUUUCCUGUCCCUCUUGAGCUGGGGAGCCCAGAACCGGACACAGGACUCCAGAUGAGACCUCACCAGGGGCAGAGCAGAGCGGGAGCAGAACCUCCCUGACCUGCUGCCCACACUCUCCUUGAUGCACCCCAGGAUGCCAUUGGCCUUCUUGGCCACGAGUGCACAUUGCUGGCUCACGCUCAGCCCAGCUGCAGUGGAGUUACCCCAUAGCUCUGACACACGAGGAUCAUUCACACCCACGUCUGUUUUACACCUACAUGUGUUACUGACACAUUCCACACAGGGAACACAAAACCAUGCAGUUCUAUUAUAGCUUUAUAUCUGUUUUUAAAAGUUUUCUUCCACUUUUAAAGUGAGAGAUUCCAAGGUUUGUGUUUGUUCAAGAAGACAAACUGUCUGUAAAGACGGGUAUUGGAACCACUUUAUUGGUAUCAGCAAGGCCAAGUGUUCAGUAGGCUUACACUUCUACUAGACAACGAUACAGCGUUUGCAGUUUGCAUUAACAUGAUUAUUCUUGACACACCCACUACACCGUGAAGACCCUAUAGUUACAUCCUGUACACCUGGAAUGACACAGCCCUGCCCCUCGCUCCUGCUGCGGCGCGGACGCCAUGGCCUAUGGACAGUGGCUGUCUUUCAGGUAGUCUCUUGGAGACGAAUUAGAAGAGGUGCAGAAGUGCCUGGUGCAGCCUGUGCGGUGUCCCUGGCUUUGGGGGCACGUGGGGAUGGUGAUCAGCACUCCACUUUGCUCUUUUCAACAGGUUUUUCAGAUGGCAACACAGCACACGUGUGAUUCUGUUUAGCUAUAAAAAUGAGGUGGUGAGGAGAAUCCCAGGGCACUGUUUCAGAUGUCAGUGUUCUAAGGAUGUAUAUUAAGGUCAAAGUUUUUCAAAAAUAGGUAUUUUUUGUUACAGUAAGUAGCCAAAGGGACAGUAUUGCAUAACCCAGGGGAGGAUGCUGCUGCACUUCUAGGACCAGAGGUGAAGCUCCAGCUGCUCCUGUGGAUUUGGGGUCUGUUACAUGGUGGUUGUACAGUGGGCAGAUCCUGAGAGCUCUGUCAGAAACGUCUUCACUUGUUCUUUGUUUAUUUAAAAAAAACCCACAAACCCUAAAUAUUUUUUUACCAGCCUGUCAUGUUACAUGUUUAGAGAGAAAUUAUUUGUCACAAGAGCACUGAUCCUGCGGCACAGUUUGUAUUGCUUUGUCCAGAGAAACAAAGUAAUGAUGAAGGGCCAGGCAGCCUUCAGGGCCUGGCUGGCUGAAGCAGGCAGAGCUCCUGCUGAGGGAAGGGGGAGGGAGGCUCACAGAGAGGGGGGCUGUGCAUGACACACAGCACAGCACCCUCGUUGUAGGUCCUGCUGAAGGGACUGUGGGCUGAAAGGCUGUUGCUUUCCUCAGUGUGGGUUUGUACAGGGUACAAACUGUAAUCUCAGGUGACAUGAGUCUGCAGGAAAUGUACGUUGUAAAGCACUCCUGUUUCUUUUUAUAAAACCCCUCCUUUCCAAAU